AUGCCGGUAGAAAAUUUAGAACAAAUAGUCAAAGAUAAUCUAAUUCAAAAACCUGGUAUGCCAAUUUCAAGGGUAGAACAAGUCAUAGCUUUUUCUACCCCACUAAAUGAAAAUUGUGCUGUGGUUAUUAGCAAAUUUACUGUGUAUGCUGUGAGAACGGUUAUCUAUGAUCCGAUAACGAAAGACAUGCAAAUUAAGAGAUAUCCUGAUUUUAAUCCAGUUAAUGGAUACACAUCACUAAGAAAAGCACUUCGUCAAGUCAUAGACGUCAAAUUAGAAAGAGAAGUUAAUGAUGCUCUAGAAGUAAAUAAAUCAAGUUCGGUUUCUCAAGAAAAGUUGGAUAAUAACGUCAGAAAUAUCCUCCUUAUUGGUCGUACAGGUUCGGGAAAAUCUACCCUUGCCAAUAUUCUCACUAAUACUAAUAAGUUUCCCGAAAGCGAGCUUUCGGUUAGUGAAACUCAUGAUAUUCAAAGUGAAGAAAUUGUAAUAGAAGGAAUCAAGUACUGUAUUAUCGAUACACCCGGUAUCUCUAAUACUCGAUUACCCUUCGAAGAAGUCCUCAAAAAAAUAAUAGAAGGCGCUUGCCUAGCUAAGGACGGUCUAUAUCAAAUUCUUUUUGUGACUAAUGGCAAACUUACACAAGCGGAAAUAGAGGUUUAUAACUAUAUAAGAACAAUUAUUUUCGAUGAAGGUGUUAGUCAGUAUACUACCCUGGUUCGUACUCAUGCUCCUAAUUUUCAGGAAAAGGGGAUGCUUUACGACGAUUUAAAAAGAAUAAUUAAAGAAAACGAUGAGCUUGUGGAAUUAUUCCGUUCCUGUCGCGAUUUUAUCUAUGUUAAUAAUCCCUCGCUAAAAGAAGCAAACAAUAUUGAGAUAGUUGAAGAAACAAGGGACGCUUCGCGAAAGGAAUUAAUGAAAGCUUUGGGUUCUUGCGGAGAGAAAACUUAUAAAGCAAAAGGUUUAAAUAGCUUGAGCCAAAGAAUUAAAGAAUCUAUUACCAAAGAACAAAUCUUGCAACGGGACUUAACAACUAUUGCCGACAAUGGUCCUCAUAAGGAAUUGCUAACAACUCUUUAUAGAGAAAAAAUAGAAGAAACAAAAACUUUUACUAGCCAGGAAAUCCGUAAACAUAUUACAGAAAAGAAUCAAAUUGAAAUUCAAGGAGAUAGUUCCUGGCAAAGAACACCACAAAGAACACCAACAAAUCUGUCAGUAGCAAGCAAUAUUUCCACAAUGUCAGAUAAUAUCAUAGGUGCUAUAAUUCAAGGAUUGAUUCAAGGAUUGGUUACAGUAUAG